AUGAGACUCCCUCCCCUGCUUCCUGUGCUCCUCUUCUUUGUGACUAUAAUACCGGAAGCAAGGGCCGGCCUUAUCCCAGGUAGAAAACAGUGCGUCCUUCUGAGAGGCAUUUGCAAGCCUGGCGGCUGCACCUCCACGGACGACACCAUCGGGGAGUGUAACGACGAGAAAAAAUGUUGUCGGAGGUGGUGGAUACUGUUUCCCUACGCGACGCCGGCUCCCAAGUCCAAGUCUCCUUAG